AUGUCCCGUCCUGAGCAUGCGCACUGCGUCAUCGCCACACGCCGACAACCACAACACCCCCCCCCCCCCGCCGCUGCGUUUCCAGGGAGGAAUCCGCGCUCGGGCUCUUGCUUAGCCCCGCCCCCUUUCCUUUCCCCUCUGGCGGCGAGGCCUCAGCGUUCUAAAAACCCCCGCAUUCCCGCCUUCGUCGCUCCCCUGUGAUGUCACAAGGCCGCGACUCGCAGAGGAGCGCGUUUUCCCAUCACGGCGGCGGCGACGGCGGCAGCGCUGAGGGCUCGCCGAGCUCCGCGGGGCGCCCGUUUUUCGCGCCGCCCUUCAGCGGGGAUGGGCUGAAGAGAGGCAAAUACUGGGCGGGCGGGCGGUUCGCGUCUCCGUGAAACACCCCGGAGCGACGGGAGGCCUGUUUGGUAUGGGGCGUUGCCAUGGAAACCGUGAUGGGGGGGGAGUUGUGCGCCAGGCGUUAUGGAGGGCCACCCUAGAAGCUCUUCCCGCCUUCUUCGUUCUAGGUGGUAUGGGGGCCUCUCAGGGUGGUGCUGGGUUGGCACUCAGCACAGGCUGAAUUGGAGCCCUGGUGUUAUAUCCUAGUGAGCCCUGGCUCCUUUUAAGCCCCAUUAACUGUCCCUUCUUUUUUUAAAAAAGUAGGGUCUGUUUUGGGGGGGGCAGGGGCUCACUUUGGUAAUAUGAAGGAUGGAGACCAAAAGGAGGCAGCUUUUUUCGGGGGGGACACACACAAGGAGCCCCUGUGUUGCUUUGACUGUAUGCUUUAUAUUUGACUUUUUAAUAUAUAUAUAUAUAUAUAUAUAUACAGUAUUUAUUGCUUUAAAAUAGAUACAUUUAUGCCAGGAAAGCAAACCAACCAACAAACAUACAAUCAAAUAAACAAACUAUAAAUUGACAAACAGACAAUAGCAAUAUAUGAAACAACACAAUUCUUAUAGCUAACAUUAUUUGUACUCCCAAUGAUGUGAAUGAUUGUAAAACUUGUAAAACAAGAAAUUACUUCCAAUUAGUCUCGCUGUACUUUAUCUGUUGAUUGUCUUAUACCGCACAGUUACAUAUUUCUUAUAUAGCUUCUGUUAACUUCCCUACAAGCUUAUAUUUAUACAAUGCAAGGUUCAGUCUAAUUCUGCCAAGAAGUUUCCUUUUAUAUCGUAAUUUUUAAAGUAUUCUUUAAAAAUUAUCCAAUCCUUAUAGACUAUUUGUUUUGUUUGGCCUCUUAUCCUUCCUGUCGUCUUUGCUAGCUGCAGGUAUUCUACCAUUAGGAUUUGCCAAUCGCCGUGUUAGGUAUUGCUGUAUUUUUUACUUUCUUCAGUAAUGUUUAAUUCUGGAUUGUUUUAUUGAUGUUUUAAUGUGCUGUAAACCGCUUUGCGGUUUUUCUUAAAAAUAUAAAGCAGCAUAGAAAUGAAAUUAGUAAUAAUAAUAAUAAUAAUAAUAAUAUGGUACCGUGAGCAAGGAGGGCAAACUUCUCCCCCACCCAUUUCUUUCAUGACAAUUCAUUUGGGUACCGUUGCUUUUGAAAUGGAUUAUCUCCGUAGGCGCCCGUAUAAAUGCAGGUAUGGUUAUUGGGGUAUAGAUAUAGGUAGGGUUGUUGAGGGUUCGUGGCUCCAUUCGAAUAUUAAAAAUAUCGUAGAGAUACCGAAAUUUUGAAAUGUAGAGGGUCCAUGGCUUGACUUUUGAAGAACAGGGGUCCCACAGUACUUAGCUAAUUGGGAACCACUGAUCAAGACGUUUAAUGCACAGUUGGUAAGGAUGUUGCAUUAAUAAAGUAAUUGAAACUUUAUUUCAGUAGGGAGAAGAUCAUUAAUUAUUCUCUUUUUGCUUUUCCAAGCAGCGUAA